AUGGAUAUACAAACCUUGUUAAGCAAUCUUUAUGAAGAAGUAUCCUGUUCUGUGUGCAUGACCACAUUCACAGAUCCAAAACAGCUGCCGUGUUUACACAGUUUUUGUCUUCACUGCUUGGAAGGAAUUCUACGAACGAGUGGCCGCCAUGAUAUCGUAACUUGCCCAGAAUGUAGAAGAGAAAGUAGAGUCCCUGGAAGUGGAAACCUGAAGGACUUGCCGACCAACUUUCGCAUUAACAGUUUGCUAGAUGUGUUGGCAAUUAAAGAGUGCAAGUCCACCGGAGUGAAAUGUGGAAAUUGCGACAAAAGAAGCGUACAAAGUUUGUACUGCUUCCAGUGUUGUGCAUUCUGGUGUGACGACUGUAUCACCGGGCACAACAUAAUUCGAGUUAACAAAGAACACCGUGUGUUGGCGCUUACAGACUUUCAAGAUCAAGACAUCGAGGAAGUGUUAAAACGACCAGCAUUUUGCCAGGAGAAACACCAUGAAAAAGAAGAGUUGAAGUUCUUCUGCAAGGACUGUGAAGUUGCCAUUUGCAAUUCCUGUGUUGCCAUUCUUCACGAGGGUCAUGCCAAAAUACAUUUGGAGGAAGCUGCCAAUGAACGAAAGUCACAAGUGAAGUCAGCGAUUGAAUUGCAAAAGCAGAAAGCUCAACAAAAGAGAAACAAAAUCCUUAAACUUGAACAAAACUGCGCUCACAUUGAAAGACGAGCUGCUACCGUGAAACUAAACGUAAACAGAUUUUUUGAAAAAUUGAUGGCAGUAAUAGAAGCGAAGAAGAAGGAAUUAUUGAACGAAGUGGAGACACAAGUAAAAGAAUCUCGCGAGCGUGAGCGAACUGAACAACGAAAUCUGCGUGAGCAAAUAAAGCUAAUUGAUAGACAGAUAGAAAAAACUGAAACUCUUGUAAAGCUAAACACAAGCGCUGGGAUUGUACAGAUGGACAAGUCAUUGAAUACAAUCUUUGAGGUGGAAGUCAGCGAUGAAGAAGAGCAAGUCGACUGUGACCUUGAAGGCUUUCGUCGAUUCAUUUUCGUAGAAAACGAAACAUUGAUUGCGAAAACUAUCACUGAAGGAAUUGGCGCUUUCAAAACAUUUUUCAGCAAAACUAGUCCGCAUCAGUCAGGUGCUCAAGGAAAAGGAAUGCGUGAAGCAAUUGUCGGUCUCCAAGCGCAGUUUGGUUUGACAACAAGAAAUACCGAAGGAGAACAAUGUUAUGACGGGCGUGACUGCGUAACAGUGGAAAUCAGAAAUCAGCAAGGACAGGACUGCGCGACGAAAGCGCGAAUCCAAGACAACAAAGAUGGAAGCUACAACAUCAGUUACUUCGCUAAAGAAACCGGGAAACGUGACUUGUCAGUGAAAGUAAAUGAAGAUCAUGUUUAUGGCAGCCCCUUUGCUGUUAACGUCAAACUCAGACAGUUGAGACCCGUGCUAUCGUUUGGACAACAAGGCUCGGCUGUUGGAAUGCUUACCCGCCCUUGGGGAGUGGCAGUGAAUGAACGUGAUGAAAUUGCAGUGACUGACAAUGACAACAAUAGGAUUCAAGUAUUCCGUAGCGAUGGAACUUACUUAAGAUCGUUUGGUUCAAAGGGUGAUAAACAGGGAGAAUUUAACUUUCCUCGCGGGAUAGCUUUUGAUAGGAAUGGCCAUGUUGUAGUGGUUGACAGUUUUAACCACCGAGUCCAAGUUUUUAGUGAGCAGGGUGAGUUCCUCAGCCAGUUUGGUGAACAAGGUAUUCUUGAUCACCAGCUUAAACAUCCUAACGGUGUAUCUCUAGACAAUGACGGCAAUAUUAUUGUUGCUGAUUCAGGUAGCAAACUAAUCAAGAUAUUUUCUCCUAGUGGUCAGUUUUUACGUAAAGUUGGCGGGAAGGGUUCUUUCACCUUUCCCAUUCACUGUGUCCAACACGACAAAUAUCUUAUUGUGUCAGACAGGGAUGAACACUGUGUCAAAGUUCACGAUAGGGAGGGGAGUUUUUUGUACAAAUUUGGAAAGAAGGGGAGGGGCGAGGGGGAGUUUAAUGCACCUGAUUCCUUAUCAGUCAACAAGGCAGGACACCUGAUGGUCUGUGAUUCAUGGAAUCACAGAGUUCAGGUGUUUGAACUGAAUGGGAAGUUUGGGACAAAGUUUGGAACAAAGUUUGGAACAAAAGGCAGUGGGAUUGGAGAGUUCAAUCUCCCAGGGUCUACGGCAGUUCUUAGUGAUGGUAGGAUAGCUGUGACGGACUUCUGGAACCAUCGCAUUCAGAUUAUUGAAUAG